UAAAAAAUUAAAGAAAGCAAAUUAUUUUUCUAUCCCCAAAAAAGUUAUGACUUUGUUUUCAAAACGAAAAGGGAGAAAUUUGUAUCUUUAUUACCUCCCUCGAGCCAUUCUUUCUUUACCUAUUCCACUGUUCGCUGCUGCUGCUGCUGCUGCUGACUUUUGCCAGCUUCCACCUCUCUCUCAGUGCAAAGCUUCAUUGUUUUUUUUUCAGUAUUAGAAGGGCUUUUGUUCUUCCACUGGAUGCAAUGGAAAAGGAAGAGCUCGGUAGCAGUAGAAGCGCCUACAGCUGUGCCGAUGGAGCGGUGGCCGCUGCUCCGACGCAGGCCUCUCCGACCUUGCUGACGCCCAAAGCCUGCGAGGCGACGCCGUACCCGACGACCUUCGUCCAGGCAGAUAGCUCCUCCUUCAAGAAGGUGGUGCAGAUGCUCACGGGCUCCGCCGAGACUGCGGCGGCGGCGGCGGCGGCCGGGAAGGGGCAGCCCCAAGGUACGGCGGCCAAGGCCACCGGCCCCAAAAAGCCGUCUUUCAAGCUCUACGAGCGGAGGAACAUCCUCAGGAACCUGAAGAUGCUGAGCCCUCUGAUGCCCGCAUUUCUGUGCUCCAAUCCCAAUUCCCCUGGCGGCGCAGCUGGAUUCUCUCCCCGGAAGAGGCCGGAUCUCCUGUCGCCCAGCAUGCUGGAUUUCCCCUCCUUGGUUCUUAGUCCGGUGACGCCCCUGAUCCCGGAUCCCUUCAACCGGCCGCAGCCACACCCGAGCUCCGAGGCAGCUAAGCGGGCAGAGGACCUGGCCAUCGCUGGAAAAGGGUUCUACCUGCACCCGUCGCCGGGGGCCGCCGCCGAUCUGGAGCCGCCCCGGUUGCUGCCGUUGUUCCCGGUGACGUCGCCAAAGGUCGUCACCUCUGAGUUAUCCCUUGCCACCCCUCACUCUGCUACUUAGAGAAGCAGAAUUCCUAGGUUUUUAAUGCUCUUCUUCAGCUGCAAUUGUAUGAUUUGUUCUUAAUUUCCAAUCUAUGAUUGAAAUUACCAGCAUGAGAAA